AUGGAGACCCUGUUUUGCUCGAGUUCCUCUCUGGCCCGGGCGUGUUUGGCCGUGUCAUCUCAUGUUCGAGGAUGGAUUUCGGAGAGGGACGGCUAUGGAGAGUUACUGGGUGGGCUAGAUGAAAUGGCGUCGGGGGUGGAUGUACGUGUGUAUACUUGCGAAGGUAUGUAUGUGUGCAGGGCGGUUGAACGCUGCAGAAUGUCGGCUACUGCACGCACUUUGAACCUUUUCCUGCGCUUUCUUCCGUAG